UACAAAGUCAACUAACUUGAAGCCAUUUUUUGUAUGCCGGAAUACAGUAUAUAGUUAGGUAGAAUACGUUGAUCUAAUUUUAGGAUGUACACAAGAGUUCAAUUGUCUUUGGCUAUUUCAGGUCCCCCGGAUCCUCCAAGCGGCACACCCUGCAUCUCGGUGGACUCGCCCACGUCGGUACGAGUCACGUGGAGCAGCAGCCCUUACGACGGUGGCCGGUGUGUGGAAGGCUACAUCGUAGAGUACUCUUUGGUGGGCAGCGGCGUCUGGGCGGCCGCUUGCAGGCAGUGCCACUCGCUGCGGCACCUGGUCACCGGGCUGACUCCUGGGGGCCGGUACGUAUUCAGGGUCACGGCUGUGAAUACGCACGGAUCCAGCAGGCCAGGCAUAGAGAGCGAAGUUGUACAAAUGCAGGAGAACGAUGAAUCCAGUUCGUUCGAGCCGAAAGUGGUGCACAUAGAGCCGGGACCAGAAUUCGUCACGCGUUAUGACAUAUUGGAGGAGUUGGGAAAAGGAAGGUUCGGAGUUGUGCAUAAAGUUAUAGAGAAACGAUCGGGUCAAAAAUUCGCAGCCAAAUUCGUACGAUGUAGGACAACAAAAGAUAGAGAUAAGGUUCAAGAUGAAAUUGAUAUAAUGAAUAUGCUUAGACACCAAAAACUACUACAACUGGCAGCGGCCUUUGAAAAUCCAAAAGAAAUGGUCAUGGUCAUGGAAUACAUUUCUGGCGGGGAGUUAUUCGAACGGGUAGUAGCCGAUGACUUUACGCUUACCGAAAAAGACUGCAUCCUUUUUAUGAGACAAAUCUGCGAAGGUGUCGCGUACAUGCACAGGCAGCAAGUGGUUCAUUUAGAUUUGAAACCUGAGAACAUCAUGUGCCAUACCAGAACGUCGCAUGAGAUCAAAAUCAUCGAUUUCGGAUUGUCGCAGAAGAUAGAUCCUAACAAACCGAUCAGGGUUCUUUUCGGAACACCUGAGUUUAUCCCACCGGAAAUAAUAAACUAUGAGCCAAUUGGAGUUGAAUCAGAUAUGUGGUCGAUCGGAGUUAUAUGCUAUGUUUUGUUAUCUGGACUAUCGCCGUUCAUGGGUGAUAAUGAUUCUGAAACGUUCGCAAACAUUACAAGGGCCUAUUACGAUUUCGAAGACGAGGCUUUCUGUACUGUUUCACAGAACGCCAGGGAUUUUAUUUCUGCGGUGCUCGUCAAACGAAAAGAAGAGCGGCUUUCUGCUGAACAGUGCCUGAAGCAUGUCUGGUUAGACCCUGAGAACCACCAACAAACUGUCGUCUUGUCCACGGAUAAACUCAAAAAGUUCAUCAUUCGCCGCAAGUGGCAGAAAACCGGCAACGCAAUCCGAGCCUUAGGCAGAAUGGCAACGCUGUCCGCAAGCCGACGCAGUUCGACCAAUAGCUGCAAUUCCUCCCCCACCACUCCACGGCCCUCCCUCUCAGGCAGUUCCAUCCCGAGGAUGUCCAGCCUGUGCGAAGAAAACAAACCGCUCGCCCUCCAGGAGGUCAAAUCGACCUUGCUCGACCUCACCGACGAUGACAACCUCGAGACCUCGGACACUUACAUGCCCUUGAAGACGAUCAAGGACAAGACGGUACGCGCCAGGGCGUUCAGCGAAAGGAGCGACAGCGGAAUCAGCGACUGCUCGUCGCACUUGACGUCAAGCAGUUGCACUUCGACGCCUUUGUUGGGGAAGAAGUUCUGCAUCAACGAGGACGCAGAGUAUAUCGUGGACAGGAGAGCGGAUGAGGGAGAUGGUAGGGGAGUGAAAGAGAACCAAAGAGACACGGCGGCGGCGACCAAUGGGAAACCGACAUCGAUGGAUGCACAAGCUGGUUUGAGUUUGAAGCUUAGCAGCAAGGUGGAUAGCUUUAGCAAUAGUCAGCCGGUUAAGUGUAAAUCACCAAGUGCGGCAGGUAGCCUAAAACGUCUCCCCAUAUACACCUCAAGAACCGUGGCAAACACGAUAAAAAAAUUCGACCAACCCACUGACACCAUUGAGCCUCAAAUCAUCACCAAAGCUGACUCGUUCACCAAAACUGAUCAUCGGAAAAGUGAAAAAACGACAAAAAACAACAACCACAUGUCCAAAAUCGACAAAAUCGUUGAGAGGUUAUCGACGACUGACAGACAGACUAACGGCAACACUCUUGUGCCUACGGUGAGGUACAGAAGCCCCUCGCCUUCGCUUUUGAGGAAAACGCAAGCGGUUAUCGCUAAAGAGCGGGCUAACGAUUAUUUUUUAGCUAAGCAGGGUUUGAACAGUUCCAAGAAUUCACCGCUUCUCUCGCCGAAGUUCACUCACUCGAACUACCCGAAAUCGCCAGAUCUAGGUAGGAAGGAUAAGCCAAAAAGCGAGAGCUUUCAAAAGGCUGCAGCUUUUUGGAGCUCUCCGAAAACAUGACAAGAUUUUCGGUAAUAUCUUUUGUUUGAAAGUGUAAAUAAACACCAUAGUGCCUUACUUUGAAAAGCGGAAUUGUACCUUGCCUCUAAUGUUAUGUUCAUAUGCAACUUAAAGUUUUAUUCUUGUGUUAUUGAAGAUACUGUUGUACCCUUAUAUGUGUAAAAUUGUAUAUUUUAAUUUAAUAAAAAUUAUUUAUUGUUA